CUCCUUCACCACCCCAUGUGCUUCCUGCCGGGCCAAGUUUGCAGAGCGCCGCCGCACGCCGGGCCAGCGGAGCGGAGCCGCAGCGGAGCGGGGUGCACGGCGGCGGGCGCGGCUCCUGCGCGGCGCGGCGGGGCAGGCUCGGCGGAGGGCCGGCUCCGGCCUCGGGGCGUUCUCCCCCGGCCUCGGCGGCCCCUGCCCGCCCGCACCAUGCCGCGGCGGCGCGGCUGCCUGCCGCCCCUCCUCUGCACUUUAGCCGCCCUCAGCCUGCCGCUGCUGCUGGCCGCCGAGCCCCGCGCCAAAAGUUGCUCUGAAGUGCGGAGACUCUACGCCGCCAAGGGCUUCAGCCAGAGCGAAGCGCCCAGCCACGAGAUCAGCGGUGACCACUUGAAAGUCUGCUCGCAAGGCUACACAUGCUGCUCUCAAGAAAUGGAGGAGAAGUACGGUCAGCAAAGUAAACACGACUUCAGAAAUGCUGUUGUAGAGCUUAGCAAUCACUUACAAACCAUGUUUAGUUCCCGGUACAAGAAGUUUGAUGAGUUCUUCAAAGAACUUUUGGAGAACGCAGAAAAGUCUCUGAACGACAUGUUCGUGCGGACAUAUGGCCGUUUGUACAUGCAGAACUCGGAGCUGUUCAAGGACCUCUUUGUGGAGCUGAAGCGGUACUAUGUGGGUGGCAAUGUCAACCUGGAGGAGAUGCUCAACGAGUUCUGGGCGCGCUUGCUGGAGCGCAUGUUCCGGCUGGUCAACCCCCAGUACCACUUCACGGACGAGUACCUCGAGUGCGUCAGCAAGUACACCGAGCAGCUGAAGCCCUUCGGGGACGUGCCGCGGAAGCUCAAGCUACAAGUGACACGAGCGUUCGUGGCCGCCCGCACCUUUGCGCAGGGCCUCGCCGUUGCGAGGGACGUCGUGAGCAAAGUGUCUGCGGUGAACCCCACGCCGCAGGGUACACGAGCGCUGCUGAAAAUGAUGUACUGCCCGCACUGCCGAGGUCUGGUGUCGGUGAAGCCCUGUUACAACUACUGCUUUAAUGUCAUGAGAGGCUGCUUGGCCAAUCAAGGGGACUUGGACGCCGAGUGGAAUAUCUUUAUGGAUUCGAUGCUGCUGGUAGCAGAGAGGCUGGAGGGUCCCUUCAACAUCGAGUCAGUCAUGGACCCCAUUGAUGUGAAGAUUUCAGAUGCGAUCAUGAACAUGCAGGAGAACAGCGUGCAGGUGUCUCAGAAGGUUUUUCAGGGAUGUGGCCAGCCAAAAACACUGGCCCAGGGCCGGACUGCUCGUUCUGUCUCCGAAAGCGGUUUCAGCGCUCGUUUCAGACCCUACAACCCGGAGGAGCGGCCGACGACAGCUGCCGGCACGAGCCUGGACCGACUGGUAACUGAUGUGAAAGAGAAGCUGAAGCAAGCCAAAAAAUUUUGGUCAUCUCUCCCUGGCAACAUUUGCAAUGAUGAAAAGAUGUCUGUAGGCACUGUCAACGAGAACGAGUGCUGGAACGGGAGUGCCAAGAGCAGGUAUGAUUUCGCAGUGACUGGCAACGGCUUAGCAAGUCAAGUGAAUAAUCCAGAGGUAGAAGUUGACAUUACAAAGCCAGACAUGGUGAUUCGCCGACAAAUCAUGGCUCUGCGGGUGAUGACCAACAAGCUGAAGAAUGCAUACAGCGGGAAUGAUGUCGACUUCAUUGACAUAAGUGAGGAGAGCAGCGGGGAGGAGAGCGGCAGCGGCUGCGAGCUCCAGCAGUGCUCCCCGGAGUUCGAGUUCAACGCCACUGAAGUCACCGGGAACUCCAACAAGAGCGAUAAGAACGUGAACACUUCUGCCGCUACCAGGAGCGGUUUAUCACAAGCAGCCUUGCUCCUUAGCAUUUUGUUCUUGGCCGUGCAAAGACAAUGGAGAUAAUUGUGCAGCAUGGGGGCGGGGAGGGAGGGAAAAGACUUUUAUUACUGAAGUUAGAAGGCACCUGCUUUCACUUUUAUACCAUCUAGGGACUUUGCUUUUUAAGUUAAUGGACAACAGUGUACAGUUUUUACUAUGUUGCCGCUGGUUUUAAGAUGAAUUUUCUUUUUUCCCUUGCUAUUCUGGGAAUAACAGGAAUGGGAACUACCAGUCUGUCCCAUUCACCGAGAGUCCAUGUGAGAGGUGGAUAACAAAAAUGUAUAUACAAGCCUGUAGUUAGCUCUGCAUUUGUGUCUUUAUCACUUUUGUUUUAAUUUUAUUUUACCAUGUUUCUUAUGAAAACAAAAAAACAACCCCAGGGUCCUCUCUUGGCCUGUAACAAGUAUGUGUUUCUGAAAUGAGAAAUAUCUGUACAGAAGCAGGUUUUAUUUAUCACGUUAUCUUACAGGAAGAAAAAAUAAUUGCCCAACAAGCACAAAACAUGUUUCAUGCAGUUAACUUCCCAUUUAUCUAUGUUAUGUUAGUUGCCUUAUCUGGAAAGAAGUGGAAGUAAUUUGUCUUUAUUAUGCGGUAAAACAGAAGGGGAAGGCAGAGCUGGUCAGUGUGCCAAGUGCCCUGUUUGCAUAGGGCGCUAAUGCCAGGAGCAGGUUGUACUUUCUUGACUGGAGGUUUGGUUAAAUUGGAAGAGAAUACAGAGAAGCGAUGCUGAGAAGAGUUGUCAUUUGUUCUCUGGGAUCCUUGCGAUUAGCUGUAAAUCCUGUUUGGUUGGAAGCAACUUGUCGUCAUGCAGAUCCAAAUGCCAACGUGUGUCUUGUUUGCAAAUUUUUUAGCUGAAUGCUGGAUUAUUACUUUUUUUUUCUUUUUUAAAGGAAUACUUUGUGGGAGGGGAGGUGGGGGGGUUGGGUUUGUUUUUGCAAGAGUUUUGUUUCCUCUCCCGUCAGGCAAAAGGGAAGGAGUUGCAGGCAGAUUGGGGUGGGUGCAGGCAGGAGCUGGCAACUCGUUAAUAAAAGAAAUGUAUAUUUUUAAGAAAAGAGAUGAAAUAAUUUUUAAAAAUAAUUUAGGGAAAACAAAGUCUUCGAAAAGACUCAAAAUUAUUCUGCAUGUCUCCUCCUGCUUUAGGUAGUUUUUUAGGUCUGGCUGGAUGCUGGGAUCUGGCUGGGAGAGCAAUCCAGAGAGAGGGUUUGUUCUAUUCUGCCCUUGUGUUGUAAGGAUAAUUUUCUAUUUUUAUAUUGAAGCAUUAAUUACUUGUUAGCUCAGGGUCAGCAUUAUAUUCAACUUUAUUUUCACACCAAAUUUCUGCAAAGCUCUAAAGACGGGGUAUUCUUGGUUAGUAUAAACAAUCCUGGAGGCUUAAUGUUACUAGAAGUAGCCAGUUAUUUAUUAAAACAUGUUGUUAGUAGAAUAGGGAUAUUCUGGCUAGAUUCUUUUUCUUUAGAAAAUAAAUCAUGGAAGCAUAAAAUUGAAAAAGUUAUAAAUUUGUGUGGGAAAAAACGGAUUGUAAAUAGCUAAGUUGCCUUGCAAGGAAUUGGAAAAUGUGCUGAUACUUAGAAACUACCUCAGUUCUGAGGAAUUUCCUUUCUAGCUUUGAGUGCUAUUACAUUUACUUGGUAGAAGUGAAUCUGGUCUCCAAUAUGUAGCUGAAAGAGUUAUCCCUAUAGACCUUGUUAGAUUGUUUUUAAUUUAGAAGGUUGAACUACAUCCAGCUGUUUUCUUUCAGCUAAGUUCCCUAACAAAACCAAUUUCUGAAUUAAAUAUUGCUGAUGGUUUCCAUGACUUUUCCUGAUUUGUUUGGUUUCAUGGCGUUUUCUGAUUGCCCUUUAAUUAUUUAAACGGUUCUAGCCAUUUGAAUUUUAAUCCUGAAAUAAACAAACCUUAGAUGCACUAUCACUGGAAAUACAUCGCAGUAAGGUCUGACUCGGAGAACGGUGGAACAAAAGCCCUUGUGUUCGGAGGGGCUGACUUCUCCAACAUCUCCCUUCUUGGCAUAAGUGUUCAUAUGUAAGAAAGGUGCUUGUAAAUUCUCCUGCUUUCAAGUGUUUCUGCUUAAAAUAUUUAUCGUUUCACAUCUGAUUGCUUACUAAUUAUUAUUCCUUAGUUUGGUACAAGCCAACAGUGCAAAGACCUGCCGUGAGUUUUAAGUGUGUCCGGUUGACUUUGUUAAUAGCACAACAAUCCUCUGCUAUAUAAAGGACAGUUUUGUCACCUGGGACUACAGGAAACAAGAGUAAACAUCAAUGUAGGAUGAUCAAAA